CGUUGCAGAUCGUUGAACACAGCGUUAGGCGUUACUAGGCAGGACGCCUUACCAGACCAUAGCCAAUGACCAGCAUCUGUACAACACCUCAGCCACUUUUGGCCCCCACCCAGCCCAAGCCAACCAAGCCGCUAGGCCAGUGGCCUCGUCGCAUAUGAAUAAUACUCAGUCCUGUCGACCCUUCGCAGGUUUUGAAACACGAAGCUAUCGCUGCUCUCCCGGAUCGUGAGCAUGGCUUCAUCUUGCUCUGCAUCUAUGCGUUCGCUAGAGCUCAACCAAGAGUACCUUCCGACGGCCACCGCUCCAGUCAGAGCAGGCCCACUUGCAGGCAGUCUCAACCAGAAUCGUUUACAUGGUCUCCCGGACCACGGCCACGCCACUCACAGCGAAAGGCUGCUCGGUAACAACCUAGCAUGGAGUUCAGAAGGACCGGAAUCCGUAUCUUCAAAGGAACAGGCCAUUGUCCGAAUGCAUUAUGAUCCACCGAAGCGUUAUGGAAGCUUCCACUUGGGAGAUUGGCGGUGGGAGGUUGCAUCCGCAGUCUUCAGUCUACUGUGCGUUGUUGCCAUAACAAUCAUAUUAAAAGUCUACCAGGAGAGGCCCUUGUCCGAUUGGCAUUUUGUUCACAAUAUUACGCUAAACACAGUCGUUGCACUUCUUUCGACCUUAUCGCGGACAGCCCUGAUAGUACCAGUUGCAUCAUGCCUUAGUCAACUGAAGUGGAUUCAUCUGGUCAGGUCACCACGCCCACUGCGAGAGAUGCAAAUCUUCGACGACGCCAGUCGUGGACCUUGGGGCUCUCUGGAACUUGUUUGGAGAUUGCAUCUUAAAACUAAGCUGGCAACAUGGGGUUCUCUGAUCACGAUACUGUCUCUUGCCAUGGGCCCCUUGUCGCAGCAGUUGCUCUCGUAUCCUUCAAGAUUGCAUUUUGACACCUCUGGUGCGACCUUCUACAAGAAUCAGAUAUAUGAUUCUGGCGCCGACAGGGGCGUCACCGGACGAGGGGUUGUAAGGCGGAUGAUGGAUCCAAAGAUACAAGGCGCUAUUCUCAACGGACUCUACAACCUCAGCGCGCCAGUGCAAGUCGAAUGUCAGACUGGAAAUUGCCAAUGGGAUGACUUCACAACCUUGGCAGUGACCAGCAAUUGUACAAACGUCACAUCCACUUCUUACAACAUCUGUGAUCGGGUAAUCGCAGGGAGAAGAUGCAACUAUACAACUCCAUCUGGUUUCUUCAUUGAGUCGUCUUCACAUCAAAGCUCAGGCGGCGGAGGAUCAACUCAGUUCAAUAGUACCGCUCAUAUACAGCGUGCGCAACAAAUUGGGAGUGUACUCAACAGCUCCAUCGUCAGCUUCGCUACCGCCAACAUGGAGUCGCCUUUUAGCAUGGACAACCCAGACCUCACUGAAUGUGACAUACGUUGGGUCGGUCGGCAUGUUCGUAACAUGACCGUCGUAAACGGUACCUUCAACCCUGGAAUCAUACAAGACCAUGAACUUUACGGCAUCGCCAACCCAUUCGACGCGACAUAUUGGGUCUCUUUCAACGUCUCGAAUGAGACUACAACACUCCCCGGUAAUACAACUUUCAGCGUCGGUCCAGUCGAUAACGAGGGAAUGAUGGCGUUUCUCUCUGGUAUAUUUUCCUCUUCAAUCAAAGACGCGUACGGUCUUGCCUUGCAAAACUCUACCAACCUCACAGAAACCGUGCAAGCUAUCAGCACUUCAAUGACGUACGCUUUCGGUCAAGGGCCUAGUAGCAUCAAACUCCCCGGUAGAACAAUUACGACGGAACAAUACAUAAAAGUCCAUUGGGCCUGGAUAAGUGCACCAGUCGUCGAAGUCAUUAUGGGUAUUGCGUUCUUCAUAGCUACGCUCGUACAUACAUCGAGGAGGGGCGUAGUGGCUUGGAAGAGCUCUGCCAUCGUACCACUGUUCACACAUAUCGAGGGAUGGCGUAUCGAAGAAAGCAGGAUGGGAAGUGCACGAGAAGUGGAGAAGAGGGCUAAGGAGAUGAGAGGCUUGCUAGAGAGGGACGAAGACGGUGGUCAGAGGUUCAGACGCAUGGAUGCAUGAUCUAUCCUAGGAGCCACAAGAUGUACGACCAUGAUAAUACGACGCCGACGCCGAUGAAACCUCCUAACUCUGUGCCUGACGAUACGCUGUGCGUUAUGACCCCUGCGAUGACCGCUGCAACUGUCGCAAUGACGAAGGACAGGGCCAGCGGCCAUGCUAGGUACGUCUUGUCGAUGACAUGGCCAAUGCACAGGACUUUU